AUGUCGCAGGUGCCACAACAGAGGUUUGGGUGUUACAUUGGUAACAUUGACCGCAGUGUGACGUUGGAUGUCCUCCGCCAGGUGUUCUCACAGUGCGGUGUGAUCAUUGACUGCUCCCUCAACGGAAGGGAUGAGGAUCCGUACCGCUACGGCUUCAUCGACUUUGCCUCUGAGGAGGAUCGCGGGCGGGCGAUGAAGUACAAUGGGUUUACGCUCGCCGGAAGGAAAAUUAAGGUCGGGGUUAGCAAAGGUAAUGUCGGGCGGCCAGAGGGAUUUAACAACACAAAUGGUAGCAGCAAUAACGGCCCGAACAGCAGCAGCACCAACACCAACCAGCAGCAGCAGCAACAGCAGCAGGUGCAACAGCCCCAACAACCACAAAUUCCAUCAGUUGCUCUGGCGGCCACUCUUCUUCCCAGCGUAAUACAACAGCAACAGCAGGGCACACAGCUCCUCAUGCAGCUCAUUCAGCAGGGCGCUAUAGACAUUAAUAACUUAACCCCCGAGCAACAACAAAUUCUCAUGACGAGUCUUCUUCCCCAAGCAGCACCACCAACACCAGGAAUACCCGCGAUGCCACCAAUGGCACCUAUGGGGUAUCCGCCCAUGCAGCAGGCGUGGGGUGGGCAUCGUGGCGGCGGUGGAGUUGGUGGAGUUGGAGUUGCUGGUGUUGGCGCCUACGCGGGUGGGCCUCCCGUAAACCGAGGAAUGCCGUACAGUCGCGGACCAGCGAAUCCUAUGCCAUCCGAAGAGACGGUGAAGCUGCGGGAGGUGCAACGCAAACAGUUUCUUGAUGUUGUGCGGCGUGACGCAGAGAAAUACGAGAAGAAGUUGCGAGAACGUGGCGCCAAAGAGGGGAAGACAGGAUCGGUUUCUGGCAGUGAAGAUAGUUCCGAUGACGAUGAGGCGGGUGAGAGGCGGCGCCGUGGGCACGGCAAGCGAGGUGAGGAUGAAACUGAGGGCGAGAAGAACAAGCGGGCGAGGCAUCACGAUGACGGCGGUAGGCACCAUCAUCACAACCACCACCAUGUCAACAGCAGCAAGGAGCACGCGACAGAUGCCGGCGACAGUAAUGCUGACAACAAGGCCGACGAUAAGAAGGAGCUGGAGCAUACUGAAGUUGUGGAGGAGCCUAAAGGGACAGAGGAGCAUAAUGAGGUGGAAGAAGUGAAGGUGGCGGAGCCAGAGGAAGAAAAAGAUGAUCGUGAAGAAAUUUAG